GCUAAUGGGUGGGACUGUGUGCGUCCUCUCGGCCUUGUAACAAAUAUUAAAUAACAUACACUGGAUUUUAUAUGAUGAUUCAGCCACACUCCAUCUAUCAAAUACUAUCGUGCAAGAAGAGCCACACAUCUAUGGGACAUCCAAUAAAAUCAGCAGACUCUUACAUGUUGCUAUGCUCGGCUUAGACUUGGCUAUAAAUAUCUCUGGGAAUUGUCUUGGCCUGCUGAUGUAGACCUGACCAAAUGUAAACUGUGGUAACAAAAAUAUUUGCUCACCCUCCGUCACUCUGUGAUGGAGUGUGAAAAGGUGGAUAGACUGGUUGACCAGGUGCUGAGCAGUAUUCAAACAUACGAUUUAAUAGGACUUCGGGAAUUAUGGGCACACUUAGACAGAAGAAUUUUUGCUCGUCUUCCUCAUACAUUGUUGCCAUGUGUGCGAAAAUUUGAGACAAGCAUCCUACGGCUGUAUGUAGUCAACACUGUGCACACCAAUAAACCAGACAAAUUAAUAGAGUUUUUUGAAAAGAUGGCACCAGACCUGCAGAGCCAGUCAGAGUGGAGAGAAUGGUUUAUUCUUCCGUAUCUGAAAGGUGUUGAAGACAACCCCUCAUUUGCUAUGUACUUCACACGACAGUGGCAAGACACACUCUUGGUCUCUCUUCACAACUUCCUGGCUGUAGUCUUCCAGAGUAUUGAACUACCAACUUUAGCUAGCUUCCGUGAAGAGGCCUCCAAGAUUGCCAGACUUCAGGAAGAGAACGAGCUUCUGCGAGUACGCUUAGCAGCUCUCACCACCUCUGAUCAGCCGACUUUAGAGCACCUAACUAUUCCAGACCCCCCACCACCACCACAUCUUAUGGAUGACUUUUAUAAUAUUGCUCAGGAAACCCCAUCAUCAGAUACUCAACUGAAAUCUUUAAAGACAAUACUCUUUGGGCUGGGUGGAGGUCUUCCUACCUCACCGAUCCUUGGUCGGCGGGGAACAGGUGGAGGCACCACAGCAUCCCCUCAACCCAGUCCUAUUGGUCAUGCCCCAACAUCUAGUAAUCAAGGUCCUUCAUCUGGGUCAGGUCACCCAGUGGUGAGAAGAACAGCUUCUCAAGCACCAGCUGAGGAGAAGAAAAGAAUGCGAUCUUCUAGUGUGGCGAGCAUGUCUUCAAGUCGUAAUAGUGGUGAACACGUUCCUGUGAAGAGACUGGUCCAGACGACAGCCUCAGCCUCAAGACCUUCGCGCUCUCCAACAAAGAUCAGGCCACAGGAAGAAUCUACCUCAUACACAAAAACUGACAUAACCAAUGACAAAGCUUCUUUUUUAUUGCUGGGACAGGAGGAGUAUUGUGAGCAUAGAGCAGUGGUGACACAUGCUGUGUUUAAUCCUUCAGGGACGCUGGUGGCAUCAGCAGACACUGAUGGUGUAGUCAAACUCUGGACACCUUCACCCUCUCCUAAGACUCAGUGUGGUGUGGUGGUUAAGAGUGCUGUGACAGCAGUGGAAUGGUUACCACGUGGAGAACGAUUCUUGCUCAUAGCCACCAAAGCUGCCACCUUGCGUCUCUUUGACACCCGAGACAAGAAGACAGUGUGGGACAUUGGACCAGAUACGUGUCCAGCUUUUAAGGACCAGAGAAUAAUGGGUGUACGUGUUAGUCCUGGUGAGGGCAGUGCUGUGGUAAGCGUUGCCCCACGUGUGCGGCCGCAGGGAACCUCAACACCCCCGGCACCCCCGGCACUACACACUCUUGAUAUGAAGAGUCUGAAAGUGGAGAAUUCCUAUAAGAUAGAAGGUGGUGUAGUCAAUGGCUGUAUCAUGAACCAUAAUGGUGGCUUGCUUGUGUGUGGCUGUAAUGACGGCUCAGUCAGGAUUAUUGAUCUACGAUGCCCUGAUGUCAUAGCCUCUUGGCCAGCACACCAAGGGGAAGUAUUCACCGUUCGACUGUCGCCUCAAGAGAACAACAUCUACACCAUUGGCAGUGAUAAUAGAUUCGCUUGUUGGAGUAUGGCCCAGACAGGUGCACGUGUAAUGGACCACAUCCUCCAUGAGCGUGCUGCUGGGCCCUUCCUGGUUGGCGUUGGAGGAGGAGCAGGUUCAGGCCGUAGUGUUUUACUACGUCCCUAUGGUCCAUUGUUUGCUCUACAUCAGGAUGGCGAUCAUGUACUAACUUGUUCACCAUCUGGGCCUAUUGUGUAUAAGGUUGGUGACAGCAGUCUGGAGCAGGCACUGGUGGUAGGAGGACACAAGUCACCUGUAGUUACAGUGGACUGGUGUAAUGCACUCCAAUGUGGCACGUCGGUAGCGGCAGCACUUGAUGGCUCCGUCACUGUUGCCACUUUAAUGCAUCAGUGAAAAGAUUUUGUGUGCAUGCAUACAUGUGAAAAUAAUCACUGAAAGCAAGCCCACACCCAAUAUUUUUUAUACAUUACUGCAAGAUAACUUUAGUACAAUAUCAGUUUUUAUAUAGUUUAGUUAAUAUAUAUGAGAAAAAAUUUUAACAUUAAAUUUAGAGAUGCAUAUGAAACUACUACAAUGGCAAUCCCUUUUUUUUUUUUUUUUUUUUUUUUACAUUAUGCUUUUAAAUGUUUAAAUAUGAAAUUUUAGAUUUAUAUGGAAAGAAAUCCUUAAGGAUUACUUUGGCUGUGUAUUAAUAUUGGUAGUCAGAAAAUGUGAGGCUUGCAGGUUGACUAAACAUUCCUCAUGAAAACCUACUCGAGACAUCCUCGCCAGGUUCUCUGCAACUGUUGUCAGUAUGUUCUGCUAAAAUUUACAGGUAAAUAGAUAAUACUGUGCCACUCCCCAUUUGGACACACUUCCUGGUGAAGGUUUACCAAUUUUAAUAAAGAAAAUCAUUUUUUACUAGUGUCGACUGCUCCACGUGUGUGAACACCAAACCAUCAUGGUCACGUGUGGAAAGUGUUUAGUAUUUUUUAGUACUGUUUAGUACUUUAGUAGGAGGUACUCAUAUUAAAGUCGUAUGGCGCAGAUGGGUGAUAGACAAAAGGUUGUGUGUUCAAUUUCCACAGAAUGGGAAAUAGACUUACAGGUUCCAGAAGAUGAAGGAAAUGUCAGCACUGUGAAGAAAUGCCCAACACACCACUGGAACAUUAUCUAACACCGUGCAGUUACAAACCCAAUAAGAUUUCAACUUGGAUUCAACAGAGCAGUUGUUGUUGUUAAACACAUGGGGCAAAAUCUUAUUGAAGCGACCAUACGAGUCAUAAGUACUCAUUCUCUGCCUAAGUAAAACGGAAACAAGCAACAUUUAGUGGGCCAGCCAGAGGCUUAGGGCCUGCACAGGACAUUAUUAUUAUUAUUUUCCAUGAGGAAAAAAAAAAUUCCCCACAGCGGGACAGAAAUGUUACGGUAAAGUUUCCUUUCACUUGAUUCCUCUGUUCACCUAGUAGUAAAUAAGUACCUGGGAGUUAACUUUGGCAACUGUUGUGGGUUGCAUCUUAAGUCAGAAGCAAGGUACCCCCUAUGCCAGCAGGGCUUCCUGUCCCCAACUUUGGGAAACCAUCAUGAUUAAAACCAACUGUGAUAAAUUACUGGAAUGAGAAAAAAAAUCCUGAAAGUGUUUAUUAGUUGUCUCUUGUGAUGAGCAUCUUGUAAAACAUUGAUACUGUGGCCUGGAUGGCAGCAUCAACACAUCAACAGCUUGUGUGGUGUAACAGGUCCAUGCCUCUUGUCACCUCAAUUUUUUAGUGUGUAAAAUUUGUAAAUAUAUCUAAUACAAAAUAUAAUUUUAUCUAUAGAAGAUAAGUACAAUAGUCAUAGAAGUAAAUAUUGGUUCAUGUAAUUUUAUUAAGUGAUACCUAAAAUAAGUGCAUAUUUAUACAUUAAUAAGAUUAAAAUUUCAUAUUUUUAUCUAUA